AUGGCUAACCAAAGGAGCAAUGAAGCGGCCAUAAAGAAUUUAGAAAAUCAAGUGGGUCAACUUGCAAAGCAAUUGUCCGAGCAACAACCGGGAGCAUCCUUUUCCGCCAACACUCAAAUCAAUCCUAAGGAACAUUGCAAAGCCAUUGUUACAAGAAGUGGGAGAACAGUGAAUAAUGGUGUGAAUGAAGAGGUUAUAGUGGAAGAUGAGGAGGAAAUAAUAAUUGAAGAUGAAGAGGAGGAAGUGACAGUUAAAAAUGAGGGAGAAAAGAGUGAGGAGAAGAUAGAGGAAGAAUUAGUUGAAAAAGAGCGGAAAGAAAAAGAAGAAAGAGAGAAAAAUGACAAAAAAGUGAAGAAGAAUAAAAAGAGAAAUGAGAAUAAAAAGAAGUACACAGAUGAAGAGACAGUUGUGCUUGAUGCUCAUUGUAGUGCAAUUAUUCAAAAAACUCUCCCAAGAAAGGAAGCCGGUCCGGGACGAGUCAUUUUACCGAUCACCAUUGGAGGUAACUACAUUAGUAAUGGUUUGGUUGAUUUGGGGUCUAGCAUCAAUUUAAUACCUUUAUCCGUUGUCAAGAGAUUGGGGAACAUUGAGAUGAAACACACCGGGAUAACUUUACAACUAGCCGAUAAGUCUAUCAUUUCACCAUAUGGAGUUGUACAAGACAUGCUGGUAAAGGUGGACAAAUUUUUGUUCCCGGUUGAUUUUGUGGUAGUCGAAAUGGAGGAGGAUCGUUAUGUGCCAUUAAUACUUGGAAGACCAUUCAUGAAGACCACCCGAAUGAUGAUUGAUAUCGAUGAUGGGAUUAUGAAAGUAAGGGUGCAAGAUAAAGAGGUAAUUUUUACUCUUUUUGAGUCUAUGAAGCCUCAUAAGGAUGAACAUGACAACUUUCAAAUCGAUGAUGAAAAAGGAGAAAUCAUUAAGGUGGCAAAUCAAAUUCACAAGGACAAGGAGAAGGCAAAUCAUGAGGGAAAGACUUAUCACAAAAACUUUGAAGUUGGACAAAUGGUGCUUGUGUGCAAUUCAAGACACAAGGUGUUUCCUAGUAAGUUAAAGUCAAAGUGGUCGGGGCCAUUUGUGGUGAAAGAGGUGCGAAAUUAUGGAGUCAUUAAGGUGGAGGACCCUAAAACACAAGAAAGCUGGACUGUAAAGGAACGAAGACUCAAAGUCUACCACGAUGAAUAA